CUGGAUGGAGUUCGAAGUACUGGAGUUCAAGAAGGAGGCUCAGCAGUCGCUGGACGAGGUUCGCUAUGCACUCAGCGAGGGUUGGGUCAGCGAGCGGCUGGAGAGCUCCAGCCAGUACGCCUACCUGAACCUCACUACUCGCGAGGGACAGGAGUACUGCGUGCGACUUUCAGGACGAGGGUUCCAGGUGGUAGGUCGUUCUCAUGACGAGGUGUCUGGAGAGGAGGGGGGGACGUGGGAGACGGUGUAUUCCCUACUCAACUGCAUCAGUCCUAGUUACAGUUCCUCUUUCAGUGCCAGACUAGCUGACCGACUCAACAGAUUACAGCCAUCUGCAGAAAGACCUGAACAGAAUGACUGAUGAAACAUUAUGGACAUAGUAAUGUGGGGUAGUGUGUGAGAAAUGAUUGAUGUACAGUGAUUGAUGAUGAGGUCCACUGGUAGAUGAACAGUUGCGGUGUAUAUACUAUGAUAGAGCUGCUGUUAUGAGGUAGUGUGGUAGUGUGUGUUGCUAGUCGUCAGGUCCGAGGCCAAAGACGGCGUCCAGAUCAAACCAGGCAGUACCUGCUGCUG